GGGAUUCUCCUUUAGAUUGGGAAAACUGUGCAUGUUACUCCAUCUUUAAGGAGGUUUUGAGGGGGAAGCCAGAAAGUGAUAGAUUGGUUGGACUAACAUCCAUUAUCAGGAAAUGAGUAACUCACAAUGUACAGAAUACUCAGUGGGAGCUCCACUCUUUGUUAUAUGAGUGUAAGGAUUACAGAGGAUUGGUGGGGACCUUCUAAAAACAGGAGCACAGAGAUAGACUACUUUCACCCACAGCUCAGAGAAGGGGUUACAGACAGGGCAUCAGUAUCAAUGGAAGCCACAUCAUGGAGAGUUUGUGGAAUAUAAGAUUAAAAAUGGACUGAAACUGGCAGUUGUCACAAACCAUCCAGCUUGCCCUGACAGCACCUCAGUCCAUGGAAUAUACUUACAUUUAAACCCCAGGCAAAAUCCUGUUUGACAACAUCUGUCAUUAGCUGAUGCCAGUCUCAGUGGAUAAAACAGAAGCUCAGCUGCCUGAGUUCUGCCCUUCCCUCGACCUGACUGGGAGAGUCCUGGGUCUGGGAACAGAGAAGCACAAAGGCAAGCCUCAAACUGCCCUGAGUAUUCCCAUUUAAAAGAGACUUGAUCAAGUAAAUGCCCAUGCGUACUGCAAAUGACUACUAAGCCACUGUACUCAGAAAUGACCUGGAUAGCUAGUUAAAAGAAGCCAAUUAAAUCUGAGGGGUCUCUUGCACAGUCCAGAGAACAUCAGGACCAAGAAGCAGGAACCUUGGGAGUAGGAAGAACAGACUCAACUUCAGUUUGACCAUCUGUAAUUGAGGAUCUGGAUGUCACUUGCAGUUAACAUGGAUUAUCUUGCAUGGAAGAACAGAGUCCAGUUUGCAUGCAUUCUUACUAUCUGCUUCACCUUGUCCUGCCCAAUUACCCAGGGAGCAAAUAUAUUGGUUGUCCCGCUUGAUGGAAGUCACUGGGUCAAUAUGAGAAUUUUAAUGGAAGAACUGAAAUUCCGUGGGCACAACUUCACUGUGCUUUAUUUCUCAGCAACAUUGUACAUCAAAGAGAGGCCGGAUCUAUAUCAAUCUAUUGUAAUUGAAAUGGAAGGAGUAUUGGGGAAAAAUAAUAGUGAAGAUGUUAUGAAUGAUAUGAUACAAAAGACACUUGAAGCCUUACAGGAUGGUUGGACGCCAUGGGGCUUUAUUAAGUUCCAAUAUGCAACAAUGUCUUUUAUGCAUGCAUGUCACCGUUGGGGGAUGGACUUAAACACUGCAAUUUUUGAAAACAAAACUUUGUUAAAUCAACUUGAAAAUGAACACUUUGACUUAGUACUUACUGAUCCUGUAUUUCCUACAGGUCCAAUGCUUGCGCAUUAUUUAAAACUCCCUUUGGUAUAUAAUGUUCGAUGGAUCACCAGUGGAGAAGCUCAUUUCAUCUCCGCCCCAUCACCAGCUUCCUAUGUUCCAAUUCCGGGCUCUCAAUUGACAGAUAAAAUGAGUUUUCUCCAAAGAACACAAAAUGUCAUCCUAAAUCUUGUUCAACUAGCAAUUGCAAAUUUUCUAACAUAUCCAAUGUACAAUGAUUUCUGCCAUCGCUAUCUGGGCCCAGACACAGAUGUUGAGACUGUUCUUCUCAGUGCAGAUGUGUGGCUGAUGAGAGUAGAUUUUAUAUUUGAUUUCCCGAGACCCACCAUGCCAAAUAUUAUUUAUGUUGGAGGAUUCCAGUGUAAACCAUCCAAACCUCUAGAGGCAGAGUUUGAGGAGUUUGUCCAGUCCUCAGGGGAAUAUGGGAUUAUUGUCAUGUCAAUGGGGACCAUUGUCAACUCUUUGCCAAUGCAUAUUGCAAUGCAAAUAGCAGAGGGUCUUGCUCAAGUACCUCAGAAGGUUAUCUGGAGACAUGAUGGAAAGAUCCCUCCCAACAUUGGAAAUAAUACACUACUGGCAAAGUGGAUCCCUCAGAAUGAUCUACUGGGACACCCAAAGACACGAGCCUUCGUUGCUCAUGGUGGCACCAAUGGAGUUUAUGAAGCCAUUUAUCAUGGUGUGCCAGUAGUUGGCAUACCUCUAUUUUAUGACCAGUUUGAUAAUUUACUCAGACUUGAAGUCCGAGGUGCAGCAAAGGUCAUUAGCGCCGCAACCAUGCAGUCAACAGAUCUACUGCAGGCACUUAAUGAGGUUAUAUAUAACACAUCUUAUCGGGAGAACAUGCAGAAACUCUCUGCUCUCCACAGAGACCAACCCGAGUCUCCAAUGGAGAGAGCUAUUUUCUGGGUUGAGUAUGUUGCCCGACACAAAGGGGCAGCACAUUUGCGCUCAGAAUCUUACCGACUCCCCUGGUACGUUUACUAUUGCAUAGAUGUGAUGAUUUUCCUGUUAUCACUGUUCCUCAUGGUUAUAAUGCUGACAGUCCUACUAUUGAAGAAACUUUGUAAUGUCACUCGGAAGAAAAAGGAAAAAACUCAGUAAGAUUCAUCGUUUCAAAUUGGAAGCGAGUUAUUGAGUUGUUUCAACUGAAUUGAAAAUUUUAAUCAAUUAACUGAUCCCUGCCCUUUACAGGUAUACUGAGGCUUCCCAGGUCUAUUUGUAAUGCAUAAGAAUGCAGGUUUGACUGUUAAUAGUAGUUCUUGCUUAUAGAUACUCAGUGAAAUGCUGCACUUUUAUUAGAUUGGAAAUCUGAUUUUCUGAUCAUGCAAAACUAAUCAUAUUUGUUUACAAGCAGGAGAACCAUUAUUUAAAUAUAUAGCAGCAUCAGGGAACCAUUUUGACCCCAGUUCAUUCUUUCUCUCUCUCUAAUACCCAACGUUUUCCAUCACAGCUCCCCUUGUGCACGAGCACAUACAUUUCUGCUGGUUCACAUGAGGGCAGUGAAGGUCUUUGUUUCACUUGGCUUUACAGUUCAGAGCAUUAAGUAUAAG